UCAGUACCAUUUUUCCAUGGUUAUGUAUACUUCAUGUCUUAUUGUGAAUACUUUUGGUUUGUGUUUAUUUUUUCGGCAACUGAGAUAUAUUCUAUCUACACUUUGUUGACUAUUUCCGACGUACAUAAAUCUCUAUUUUACUGAAGUAAUACGAAACAAGAAGACACAUUUAUAUAAAACUUUGACAAUUAAGAAAUGUCAGUUUAGUUAAAUAUUUAAAAAUGAGCAGCAGUCAUCAGUACCUAAAGGGUUCAAAUUCAAAGACGGUACCCCUACGAUUGGGUGACAUAGAACAUUUAGCUCAGUUUUCAGAAAAUCUAUCUUCUUUGUGCUUAAGUCAUGAAUAUUCAGAUGUAACUUUAGUUGUGGAAGGCCAAAAGCUACAUGCUCAUAAGGUUAUAUUAGCUGCUCGUAGUGAUUAUUUUCGGGCACUGUUAUAUGGUGGAUUGAAGGAAUCUAAUCAGGCUGAAAUUGUACUACCAGAUGCUCCUUUAAAAGCAUUUAAAAUAUUGCUGAAGUACAUUUAUACAGGUCACAUGUUUCUAAUGACAUUAAAGGAAGACGUGAUCCUAGAUAUUUUGGGAUUGGCCCAUCAAUAUGGCUUUCAAGAUCUCGAAUCGGCAAUUUCGGAUGUGUUAAAACAGUUGUUAGCCCUUGGAAAUGUUUGCGCCAUUCUGGAUACUGCGCACCUGUAUGGCUUGGAAAAGUUAGUUAGAGUGUGUCAUACAUUCUUGGAUAAAUAUGCUUCAGAAAUAUUACAACAUGAUUCAUUUCUUCAACUUUCACAGGCAGCUCUAGUAGAGGUUCUACAACGAGAUUCUUUUUUAGCUCCGGAAGUUGAAAUUUUUCACGGCGUUUGUAACUGGUGUAAGAAUAACGAGGACACAGAAGAUCUUGUCAUGAAAUGCGUGCGCUUGCCAUUGAUGAGUGUGUCAGAUCUGUUAUCGUCAGUACGCCCGGCUGGAUUAGUAAAACCCGAUGCUUUACUUGAUGCGAUCGCCGAGCGAACAAAUAAUCGAAUGAACACUUUGCCUCACAGGGGUCAACUAGUGAUAGAUGAAAAUGUGGCAUGUCCAAGAAAUGGGUCCAAAGUUGUGGCAGGGGAGUUAAUUGAAUAUUUACUAGAUGGAGAUUAUUACUCAUAUGAUAUGGACAAAGGCUAUACACGCCAUGCUAUUAGUGGAUCUUCCGAUGAGGGCAUUAUAAUAAAGCUUGGAGUGCCUUCGAUUAUUAAUCACGUUCGAAUGUUGUUAUGGGACAGAGAUAUAAGGUCUUACUCAUACUAUAUUGAAGUUUCGAUGGAACAAAAAGAUUGGAUGCGAGUUAUAGACUACAGUCACUACUGCUGUCGUUCUUGGCAAUAUUUAUAUUUUGAAGCUAGAGUGGUUCAAUUUAUUAGGAUAGUUGGAACCCACAAUACUGUAAAUAAGGUUUUCCAUUUAGUAACUUUAGAAGCGACUUACAAGCAAAAGAUUCCUAAAAUGGUUAACGAUAUUAUAUGCCCCGCAUACAAUGUAGCAACGUUAGAAAAAAGUGCUGUGGUAAUAGAAGGCGUUAGUCGUGCUAGAAAUGCUCUUCUAAAUGGUGAGACCAAACAAUAUGAUUGGGACUCAGGCUAUACCUGUCAUCAGUUAGGAUCUGGUGCAAUACUUAUUCAGCUAGGACAACCUUACAUAAUAUCAAGUCUGAGACUGCUUCUUUGGGACUGCGAUGACCGUAGCUAUAGUUAUUAUAUUGAGUCAUCUGUGGACAUUUGGGAUUGGGAAAUGGUAGUAGACAAUACUAGAGAAGGUUGCAAAUCAUGGCAAGUCAUUAGAUUCCCUCCGAGACCUGUUGUAUUCAUCAGAAUUGUUGGAACACAUAAUACAGCUAAUGAGGUAUUCCACUGUGUACAUUUUGAAUGUCCAUCAUCAUCAGAGGAUAAUACAACUGCAAGUCAAGUCUGCUCAGUUCAGGUAUCAGUUGGCAAUAGAAGUAAAAUUACAACCAGUACAAAUGAUGGACAAAACUCACAGUUUGCAGAGACAGCAACAGAAGCUGAGGAAAUUUUAGUACCUGCAGCAAAUGUUAAUAAAAUUUAGGAACAAUUUUAACCCAGAAAAAUAUAAAAAGAAAUAGUUUUUUAACCAUAUUGCAUGAUUUUAAUUAUAAUGAAGUUAAAAUAUCAACUUGCAACUUUUGGUUGAAAAUUUGGUUUUUUAUUUAUACUUUAGGAUUAUUUAAUUCCUUUUUUAUUUUAGCUAAAAAUUUGUGUAUCAGGCAAUAAUUUUGUUGUAAGAAAUAUAAAUGUUGAAUUAAAUGUUGCAUGUAUUUUUUAUUAAUUAUGAAAAAUUUUUUUUACCUAAAUUAAAAAAAUGUCUACCAAACGAUGGGUUUCAGUGGUGCGAAUCGUUUUAUGUGAAGGAGAGAUUAUUUGGAGCAUUUUUAAACUCUGUAAGCGCUUUCGGAUACGUACGGUGGAGCCGAACGUAUUUCCGAACUUCAAGGCAAGAGAUCGGUAAGACGUCCUCUUUAAUGCAUCCUUUGCAUUGUAUUUAUAUAUUUGGUUUGUUUUGAGCGUUGAUUGUUUUACUAGUUUAUUUGAAUAUGUCAAAAUCAAGAAAAACAAUAAUUUGUUUUCACAAUUAGUGAACAGGUUGGAGCCAAAAUAAUUUUUUAAAUUUAAAAGUAACUGCAUAUUCAUUGUUAUGGUUUUGUGUUGUGUAAAAGGUUAAAUUAGUUUCGGCAAUAUUGUAGUUUUAUUUUUUGUGUUAGUUUUAAUAAAUAGUUUCCUUGUGAUGUAUUUUGUUUCUUAUUGUCUAACAAAUUCU